GAGGCGAUGAGAUGGGCUAUUGUGAGUGAUGAUGAAUAAUAGCGUAUGAAGCGCUGUCUAGUAUUCGAAGAUGCGUCUGCUUAACCUUUUCCGUUCUUGACGUCUGACCUUUUAAGGAAGAAGUAAGCAGUUAUCUCUACCUCGAUUUCCUUUUUUACGGAAUAGCCUGUAAUUAAUCGCAGCAAUUGGUUACCCACUCGAAACUGCAAUGACAAAUGUAACAGGUCGUACAAAUGCAGCGUUAUAGGGCUCAGAUCACGUCUGUCCUUGGACCAUAUUAGGCUACAUUUUGCUACAUUGCUGAGCCACAGGUGUUCUCUUUACUUUUGAAUUUACAUCCACCCAGGCAUAUUCCAAUCUUGAGGAUGGCAACGAAGUGUUUGGUGUUCGGCACACAAUGUGUUGCCAAGAGUGACCACAGCCAGCCCAAAACUGGUGAACUGGCCUAUCGCAAAGGAGACAUCCUCACUAUUAUGAGAACAGGAACAGGGAAAGAACAUUACAAGGCCAGACACAACACCACAGGAGAGGAAGGACUCAUCUCUGCCACCAACAUGCGAGAGCGAGAGGCCAUUCGUGUCGACCCCAGUCUCAGUCUCAUGCCCUGGUUCCAUGGGAAGAUCUCAGGUCCCGAGGCGGUGUCCAAGCUGCGGCCUGUAGAGGAUGGCCUGUUCCUGGUGCGGGAGUCCAUCCGCCACCCUGGUGACUAUGUGCUCUGUGUCGGCUACUCCAGCCAGGUCAUCCACUACCGAGUCAUGUACCAGCACAGGAAACUGACCAUCGACAACACCCAGUACUUCUACAACCUCAUAGACAUGAUAGAGUUCCACUCCAAGCACAAGGGAGCUAUCGCCACAAAACUUCUGAAGCCCAAAGAUAAGGAGGGCACCAAGUCAGCUGAGUUGGAGCUGUCUAAAACGGGGUGGCUGCUGGACAUCAGGAAGCUGACCUUGGGAGAGAGUAUCGGAGAGGGGGAGUUUGGAGCGGUGUUUGAAGGAGACUACAUUGGCCAGAAGGUGGCAGUAAAGAACAUUAAAUGUGAUGUAACGGCACAGGCAUUCUUAGAAGAGACCACUGUUAUGACGAAACUGCAGCAUAAGAACCUGGUGCGGUUGUUGGGGGUGAUCGUAGACAAUGGACUGCACAUCGUCACAGAGCUCAUGGCCAAGGGUAAUCUGGUGAACUUCCUCCGGACGAGGGGCCGUUUUGUCAUUCGCACUGGCCAGCUACUACGUUUUGCACUAGAUGUGUGCGAGGGCAUGGAGUACCUGGAGUCUAAGAGGUUGGUUCACAGAGACCUAGCGGCCCGUAACAUCCUGGUCUCUAACGAAGGCGUGGCCAAAGUCAGUGACUUUGGGUUGACCAAGGUGGACUGCAAGGCCUCAGACAACGCUAAACUACCAGUCAAAUGGACAGCCCCUGAGGCCCUGAAGAAAGAGAAAUUCUCCACGCGGUCAGACGUAUGGAGCUAUGGUGUUCUCCUCUGGGAGACGUUCUCCUACGGUCGACAGCCCUACCCCAAGAUGUCUGUGAAGGAGGUGAAGGAGCGGGUGGAGCAGGGUUACCGUAUGGAGGCUCCAGAGGAGUGCCCCCCCAGUGUCUACGCCCUGAUGAGGGGCUGCUGGGAGGCCGAGCCCAAGAAAAGGCCCUCCUUUCAUAAACUACAGGAGAAGAUAGAGAGAGAGCUGACCAAACACAGCCCUGGGCCUGCCUGCUGAGGUCACCUCAAUAAUCCUAUUCAAAUAACUAUUGUUCUUUGUUUAGAGCUGCCUGGAGAUGGACCGUAACCCGGGACAGGUGGCCUGAAGUGAGCCAGAACCAACAGAAGGCUGGUCAGGGCUGGAUCUAAUGGUAGUGGCUCAUAAAGAGGCUGAACAUUGGCUGAUUUUGUGAAGGAGACAUGCAGCAUACAUCUUUCUUAGAUCAUCAAUGAGCCUUUAUGCACACUCACUAUGACUCCAUACUAUAAACAGCAGUGAAAUGUGGACAUGGGUUUCUCUAUGGCAGAAUCACUGUCUGAAGAAAAUUAUCUUUGCAACAAAUAAACUCCAGCCAUCAGAACUAACUGUACAAAAACAAAACUAUGUAGUGCCUUCAGAAAGUGUUCAUACCUUGACUACAUUUUGUUGUUAAGCCUGAUUUUUUUUUUAAACUAUCACCCAUCUACACACUACCCCAUAAUGACAAAGUGAAAAAAUGUUUUUUGACAUUUUUGCAAAUGUUUUGAAAAUUAAGUACAGAAAUACAGUGAGCUCCAAAAGUAUUGGGCUGUGUGACACAUGUUCUGUUAUUUUGUCUCUAUACUCCAGCACUUUGGAUUUGAAAGGAUACAAUGACUAUGAGGUUAAAGUGCAGACUGUCAGCUUUAAUUUGAGGGUAUUUUGAACUGUUUAGAAAUUACAGCACUUUUUGUACAUAGUCCACCAUUUUAGGGGUCCAAAAGUCUUGGGACAAAUUCACCAUGAUUACAGAUAAUCGUGAAUAAAUCGUGAAUAAUGAUGAGUGAGAAAGUUACAGAGGCAUAAGUAUAAUCCAUAAUCAUGGUAGCAUUCA